GAGAGGAGGAGGAGGAGGUGGGUACUCUGCGACGUAAGAUCCACAUCAGCUCAACUCCACUCACAUCCCAGCCGGCACUUCCUCACUUUCUCAACUGUCUCGCCCCACACCGCUCCCUGCCUCCUUUUUGGCUGGUUAUAGAGGAGAAUUCAGCACCCCCCGCCCCUCCCAAGAGCUGGCUUCCUGCUAGGUCGGGCUUUCGGGCUUUUUUCCUGCUGCCCGUCGCUCGCUUACAAGAGGGCUGAAUGGUUACACCGGGCAGGUUGGCUCCAUAAUGUUAGGGACUGUGAAAAUGGAAGGGCAUGAGACCAGCGACUGGAACAGCUACUACGCCGACACUCAGGAGGUCUAUUCCUCGGUGCCCGUGAGCAACAUGAACUCGGGGCUGGGCUCCAUGAACACCUACAUGACCAUGAACACCAUGACGACGAGCGGCAACAUGACCUCCAGCUCCUUCAACAUGUCCUAUGCCAACACGGGGCUGGGUGCCGGGCUGAGCCCCGGCGCCGUGGCCGGCAUGCCGGCGGGCUCGGCGGGGCCGGUGAACGGGAUGCCGGCCGGAGUGGCCGCCAUGGGCACGGCGUUGAGCCCCGGCGGCAUCAACGCCAUGUCGGGCCAGCCGGCCCCCAUGAACGGGCUGAGUCCCUACGGCGGCAUGAACCCCUGCAUGAGCCCCAUGGCCUACACCCAGUCCAACCUCGGUAGGACGCGUGACGCCAAGACCUUCAAGCGGAGCUACCCCCACGCCAAGCCACCCUACUCCUACAUCUCCCUCAUCACCAUGGCCAUCCAGCAGGCGCCCAGCAAGAUGCUGACGCUGAGCGAGAUCUACCAGUGGAUAAUGGACCUUUUCCCCUACUACAGGCAGAACCAGCAGCGCUGGCAGAACAGUAUCCGCCACUCACUCUCUUUCAACGACUGCUUCGUCAAGGUGGCCCGCUCUCCCGACAAGCCCGGCAAGGGCUCCUACUGGACCCUGCAUCCCGACUCCGGAAACAUGUUUGAAAACGGCUGCUACCUCCGCCGGCAAAAGCGCUUUAAGUGCGAGAAGCCGGCGAACAGCAAAACCUCUCAGGAGGGCAGGAAAGAUCAGGCCGGGGCCUCCAGUUCCAGCUCCAACUCCCCCCUGCACAGAGGCCACAAUAAAUCCGUGCAGUUGGACACCGCCACUUCCCUCUCCAGCUCCAACCCGUCCGCCAGCCCCCAGUCUAUGGACCACACAGGAUCGAGCACGGAGCUUAAGACCUCGGCCUCGACUGCCUCUUCCACCAUCAGCUCCGUCCCCACCUUGGCCUCCGUCCCGCACCCCCCUCACUCCUUAGCCCACGAACCCCAGCUCCACCUCAAGGGAGAUCCCCACUACUCCUUCAACCACCCCUUUUCCAUCAACAACCUCAUGUCCUCCUCGGAGCAGCAGCACAAGCUGGACUUCAAAGCCUACGAGCAGGCGCUGCAAUAUUCCUCCUACGGGGCCAGCAUCCCCGGUGGGCUGCCUCUGGGCAGCGCCUCCAUGGCGGGACGGAGCAGCAUCGAGCCUUCGGCCCUGGAACCCUCCUACUACCAAGGUGUGUAUUCCAGACCCGUGCUAAACACCUCCUAGCUCUGCACCCCCCGCUGCCAGGGCUGACCCCUUCUUCCCUUUCACCCUCUUCCCAUUUCCUGGCUUCCCUACCCUAUUUCUCUCUCCUGCGACAAACCGAGGUGUUGCCGCACGCUGUGUGCAGAGGACUGUUACUUUUUAAUUGUCUCGCAACCCGUUGUGUGUUGUUAUGAUCCACCACGACCUCCUGCAAAGCCAGCCACGUCCUGCUUGUACAUACCCCCCCGCACCCCCGCUGCCCAGCCCCGCUCCCCGGAGAACCCCAACAAGCUUUGCAGGGUGUUACUAAAAAGAAGAAAAAAAUGUUGAGCUUGUAAAGUACUUGUUCGUGCUUUCCGCCCCCCACCCUUCCCCCCCUUCCGUGCUCUAUAAUCUCAUGUGAGUUUACAGGUAUGUGGCAAUACUUUAACAAUACGGAGAUGAAGAA